AUGGGUAAGUGGUGCAUUUUGGUAGUUUUGGCUCUUGCUGUAGUUGCAACAAGUGCGAGAAAUGUGCCUGCUGUAGUUACAACAAGUGCAAGAAAUGUGCCUGCUGCUGGAAAAGGAGGUUUGAAGGAUGAGAAGAACUUCAUUGGUGGGAUUGGUGGUUUUUCAGGAAUUGGUAACAAUGGUUUUCCUUUUGGAGGUGUAGGCUUUGGCGCUGGUGGUGACGCUGGUGGUGGCGGACUUGGCGGACUAGGUGGCGGUGGACUCGGUGGUGCUGCUGGUGGCCUCGGUGGAAUAGGAGGUGGUGGACUCGGUGGUGCUGCUGGUGGUCUCGGUGGAAUAGGAGGUGGUGGACUUGGUGGAAUAGGAGGUGGUGGACUCGGUGGUGCUGCUGGAAUAGGAGGUGGUGGACUCGGUGGUGCUGCUGGUGGCCUCGGUGGAAUAGGAGGUGCUGGAUUUGGUGGUGGUGGACUCGGUGGACUCGGUGGUUCUCAUGGACUUGGAGCCUUCAGCGGGUUAGGGGUUGGUGGACUGGGUGGACUUGGAGGUUCUCAUGCACAGAGCGGACUUGGUGGUGGUGAACUCGGUGGACAUCACGGUGGUGGACAUGGUGGUUCUCAUGGACUGGAAGGAUUCAGCGGACUUGGUGGUGGCGGAAUCGGUGGACACCACGGUGGUAAACAUAAAGUUUCUGGGGGUGGUGUGUUUCCUCAUCCUUGA